AUGAAUCACCGAGGAGCGCGCCCUGCACCCGGCGGUCUUCAGGGCGGCCCACCGCCGCAGCCCAUGCUCGGGGUCCCGGCCCGCGGGGCUGCUCCGGCAGGCGGGCCCCGGCCCCGCGCUGGGCAGCUCGGCGCCCGCCUCGCCAGGGCCGCGGAGGGCCGCUCCGAACCGGCGCGGGCGGGCGGGGGGGGGGGGGCAGGGAGGCCGGCGGAUAACCGAGAGGAGGCACCGGCUCGCGCCGCGCCGCCACAGCCUUGCAAGUCCGGGCCGGGCCUGCGGCCUCGACAACCACCACCACCGCAGCGCUCACCGCGGAGCCCCCGCCUCACGCCCGCCGGGCCCCCGGCCUCCCCGUGCCCCGCGCCCCGGCCGCCAUCAACCGCGGGCUCCGCUCUGCCCCGCGCCGCCCGCCUUCCCGCCCGCGCGGGGCCCGGCUCCGGCUCCCCUCCGCCCCGCGCGGCCCGCUCGCCCGCCGCCCUCGGCUCCGGCCCGGCGCGCGCGGAAGGCGGCUCGGCGGCUCCUUCCGGGCCCUUCCCCCUCGGCGCACCGCUCCUCCGGGCGCAGGCCCGGCCGGCCGCCCGUGCCCGCGCCGCCCCCUCCGGCCCCGCUCCGGCGGCGCGGCCCGCAGGCCUCUCCCCCGGAAACCCGUGCGGCCUCCUUCCUGGGUGCCGGGAGCCCUUGGAACUGGUCGGCUCCCCGUGUUCUCCCCACGUCCGACAGCACCGCCUGGGGGGCUCACACCCCGGGCUCUGA